AUGACAACGACAUCUUCGAUAGCGUUUCCCACCAUGGAGGUUCCCGUUCUUGACGACACUAUGGAAAUGGCGUCCCCUUACCAGGGGCACGUCGAUGAUUUUGACAUCGACCUGGAUGUGAUGGAAGAUCAGGUCUCAAACCCCGACAAGGAUAUGAUGGGUGCCGACGACUACCUGGAAAGCGCCCAUGAAGCCGAGUACGAUGCCGAUAUGAUCGAUGAUGUUGCCGAACCCGCCAUGGUCGACGCCGACGACCAGUACCCGGAAACGAGUAACAGCGUGGAGAUGCAGUACAGCGAGAAGAUAUACGAGGCAGAAAUGGCCGAAGACGAUUUCGACGAGGACAUCGACGCUCAUGUGUCCGAUUUCCAGGAAGACCCCAAGCAAGAUGCUCCUGCUGAACCUGUGAACGACCAAGAAGUACCGGAGGUACAGCAGACACAGGAAGUGCAGGCACCGCCAAUAGUAACAGAAGAAACGGAGCACGUGGAAGAAACAAAUGUGGUUUCAAAUGAAAACAACAAUCCCCCUUCGGAACCACAGAUUGAGGCUCCAGCCGAGGAGAACGUUGCACCAGAACAUGAUCUACAGGAAUACACUGAGCCACAGCAUGAGAAGCAUGAUGAGGAGAAUGUUGAACAGAAACAUGAAGCGGAUCAACCGGAAAGGAUUCUGGAUACCGAAAAGAGCCUGCAGGAUACUAACGCAACAGCACAAGUAGAACCCCAGGAACUAGAUCCUGCAACGCGUGAUGAUAACGACCCUACUCCCAAACAGCCCGAAGAUGAAGAACCCGCCCGUGGCGAUACCCAGCCAUCGGUCGACCAGCACCAAGACGCCGAAGAGAAGGUCGAACACAUAGAAACACUUGGCACCAAUGAAGAAGUUGGACACGGAACUGAUACGGAUGAGCAUGCCUCUGCCUUGUAUCCCGUCAAGGUCUACUAUCAGGAGAACGAGAUUUCCUUGUUCCCUCCUCGAGAAGGUGACUCUUCGGAAACCUUUUUCCUUGAAGACGAGAAUCUUGCCUACGAGCCCUUCGGGAAGCUCCUGGAGUCGUGUCGUGAAGUACUUCGUGAGCACAUCGCAGAUACUGAGCUCUUGGUUGUGGAUAUUGAAACUCUCAAUCUCCAAUUAACGGAGGAUUCCUCCCACAUAUCCAAGGUGACUCUGUAUCAACUUGUCGACUUGUACUUGCGGUUGUGCCAUAACGACGGCGCCGAUGAGCCGGAGCCGCUCUAUCUGACACUUGGCACUAAAUUGACCAUUGCCGCAGAGGUGUCUGAUCUUCUUGCCGCUGCAGAUGCAGGAAAGGGAUUGUCUGAAAUCCUUCCGUGGGAUAAUUACCAGGAAGCAGGGGAGUUUUCUCCAGACAACUGGGAAGAGAAUGAUCAAGAACAAGCACAGCAAGAGUCGCUGCAAGAGACUUUGGACCCUGAAAACGAUCAUCAGUCCGAGACACAUGUCGCUCCCGAUGAAACCCCUAAUGCUCUAGCCCCAGAUGCAGUGAGGAUCGAGAAUGAAGAGCAACAAGAGCAGGGCGAACCUGAUUCCGCUUCGAACAACAAUGUUCUGGACACUGGAUCCGCGGACAACGUUGUUGGACCCAAUGGUGACGAGGAAAAUGAUGACGAAGAAGCCACCCCUCGCGAGGCUGACAAUGUGGAAUCUCGCGAUAACGGGUCCCCUGAUGAAGGUGCCUAUGAUUCAGAAGAGCAGAAGACGGAAUCCACGGCGACUAUUGGCCCAUUACUAGGGGUUGACCCAGUAAAUGAGCAGCAAUACGCCAAUCAGUCUACUAAUGUCUCACGCGAUGACCAGACGGCUCGUGAUACACAAUACGACCGUGAUGAUCCUGAAGAUAACGGCCCUGAAGACCAUUUCCAGGAUGAAAACGACCAGGACCCUGCCCAAACUGCUGGCUCCAGUGAACCCCAACACGAUAUCGUCAGUGGUGCCAACGGUGACGACGACGACGCCGCGGAGCUAGAUGUAGAAGAAUACCCUGAGAAUUUGCCGGAAGAAAACCCAGAGUCUCUACCCUCCGAGGACGAGGUAGUGGCUGUAACUACAAAUGACCCUGGGAACGAUACCGAAGCCACAAUACAGGGUGAUGACGGUGGUCUUGCUCCAGAAGGCGCGGAGUCCAGUCUGGACAAUACCACCUCGGAACAGCUCGAAGGCCCAACUCAACCGUCUGCGGGUGUUCCUGAUGACACGGUGGGUGUCACAGAGGAGCGAUCAAAAAGCCCCGCGAAAGACUCUGCUUUGGACCAAGGCAUCGAACAGACCGAUGCAUCCGAAGAAAUUCAGAAUGAGGGGGAGCAGGUCCCAAACCUAGACUCUUCCAAGGACGACGCCGUCGAAUUAACGUUCGACGAUGACGACGAUGAGUAUCUGGAUCUGGGUCUUGCGGAUGAAUUUAACUUCGAUGAUGAGGAACCCGUCCCAGACUCAACCGGGCUUGCUUCUACCAAGCGACAGCGUGAACCGGAAGACGAGAUUGAGCUCGCCCAAAGUCCGACGCCGGAUGCCAAACGGUCGCGGUCCUCAUAA